AUGCGCGUGUUUGGAUGUCGGGCGUUUAUCCUGACACCAAGGGAGAAGCGAUUGAAGUGGGACCCGAAGGCUCGUGAAGGGAUGUUCAUGGGCUACGAAGAAGCGUCAAAAGCUUAUCGAGUGUACGACAUUGAGGCGGACCAAGUGGUGAUCAGUCGUGACAUCACCUUCGACGAAUCGACUUUUGAUUUUUCGAUGGACCGACCAAGUGACGAUGAUGAAGAUGCGGAGUUGGAUUUCGACCUCCUGGCGAUCAACGAGGACGACGUGCGUCAAACUGUCUACAAGCAGACUGGCAAGCGCAAGAGUGAAGCAAGACCCGGCAUGUCACGUUCAGCUCGCCCUCGAACUGGAUUGGAACAAGCAAGUGCACCGGCACACGUCUCCAACCGUCACCAGAAACGACGAUCAAGUGCUCCAGAAACGAUGUCUGAUGACGAAGAAGAUGCAAGCGUCUACGAUCAAGAUGACGACUUGACGCCUCCAACAUUUUGGCGUGCAAGUGCAAACGCAGUGGAAGCAACGGACCUAGCAGAAUCUGUGACUUUUCAAGACGCGAUCAAUGGUCCUGAUCAAGCUCACUGGCGAAAUGCUGUGAAGGCGGAACUCAAGUCGAUGCAUCUUCGUGGAGUUUUCCGUGCGGCAAAACUACCAAGAGGCCAAGGCGCGAUCGGCACCAAGUGGGUGUUCAAGAUCAAGCGCAAAGCGGAUGGAUCGGUCGAGAAAUACAAGGCGCGUCUCGUUGCCAAGGGCUUCAAGCAGAAGUACGGCAUCGACUACACAGAGACGUUCUCGCCCGUGGUCAAGUACGUGACACUGCGUAUGGUGAUCGCGAUCACCAAGUAUUUCGACUGGCCACUGUACCAACUCGAUGUGGUGACAGCCUUUCUCUACGGAGUGAUGAAGGAGAAGGUGUACUGCGUGGUACCAGAAGGCGUCGAGAUGGAUGGCGACUUCGACUGUCUCGAGUUGGUGAAGGCGAUCUACGGUCUCAAGCAAGCUUCACGUGUGUGGAACGAGACUUUCGAUGAGUUCGUAUGCUCUAUCGGUUUCGAAGCGUCGGCGUUCGACCCAUGUCUCUACAUCAAGGUUGUCGAUGGUCACUGUGUGCUCGUGCUGGUCUACGUGGAUGACGUGUUGGUCACCGGCAGCUCGCUCGAGUUGAUUGCGCAGACGAAGGCCGACCUCAAGACGCGUUUCGAGAUGACCGACAGUGGCAAGUGUACUUUUGUACUGGGCAUCGAACUGGUGGACGAAUCGGAUGGCAGCGUGACGAUGUGCCAGCGACGGUAUGUCAACGACAUCCUCAAGCGCUUCGGCAUGGAUGAGUGCAAGGCCACAUCAAGUCCGGUCGACUUGAGCACUCGGCUUGUCGCAAGCACCGAAGCGGCCAAGAUCGACGUUCCGUUUCGUGAAGCUGUGGGAGCUUUGAUGCACUUGACGACUGCGACGCGCCCGGACAUUGCGUAUGCUGUGGGGUACGUCUCGCGCUUCAUGGAGAAUCCGCAGCAAGAACAUUGGACGGCGGUGAAGCGCAUCUUUCGUUACUUGCAAGGGACCAAGUCGCACGGACUCCGAUUCCAGCCAAGCGAUAAGAUCGACUUUCGUGGCUACUCGGACGCGGACUGGGCCGGCGACCACGCUGAUCGCAAGUCGACUUCGGGUUACACUUUCAUGCUGAUGGGUGCUCCUGUGAGUUGGGGAAGCAAGAAGCAGUCAAGCGUGUCACUGUCGACAAGUGAAGCGGAAUACAUCGCGCUAAGUCUGGCCAUCCAGGAAGGCAAGUGGGUGCAUCGCCUGCUAUGCGAGAUUUUGGCGGCCGCAAACGAACCAGGACCAGACCUCGAUAUCCGUGAAGACAAUCAGUCGUGCAUCAAGAUGACAAAUAAUCCUGUCAACCAUGGCCGUGCCAAGCACGUCGACAUCAAGUACCAUCACAUCCGUGAUGAGGUCUAG